UGCAUUCAAAAAAAUAAUAAAAGAUACAAUAAAAAUUAAUUUCAACUUAUUAUCAGUGUUUAAACAGAUAGAAAGCUAUGACAAAUGUCUUAAAAGGAUCGUUGAAUGAUAAGAAAACUGAUCAGUUGAUGAAAAUAUAUGGUUUGCAAUCAAUUGAUGGUGGCUCAGUGGAAAGUCUAAAUUUUCACAACUAUCCAGAAUUUGAUGAUGGUGACUUAUACAAAUCAAGAAAUCAACAGCAAACUGAAGGAAUGGCACCUACCACAACUAUUGAAACAAUAACAAUCACACGACCCUUAAAAGUCAUUGCAUUCAUAUGUGGAAUUAUCGUAGUAGUAUUAAUGCUUAUGGCACUUACAUCCACUGAUUGGCUUUUAUCAUCAGGCUGGCGACAAGGACUUUUUGUACAUUGCAUAUCAGACGAUGCUGAACUACCGCUUCCAUUUAACUUAGAUCAGCAAUUAGGACAGUGUUUUGAUAGUCGAGAUAAAUUUUAUAUUAAAGCCACAGCUAUCCUUUGCGUGAUUACAUUAAUUACAGAUGCUAUUGCGACAAUCCUUACUGGAUUUGGCUUAAAGACGCUAGAGGCCAAUUUAAAAUACAAAUUUUAUCGCAUUGCAGUCCUAGUAAUGAUCGUGUCGCUUCUGUCGUUGCUUGUGGCACUUAUUCUUUAUCCAGUGUGCUUUGCAACCGAGCUAUCGCAAGGAAACAGAACGGUUUGGGAGUUUGGAUGGGCUUAUGGUGUUGGAUGGGGAGCAGCAAUCUUUCUCUUCGGUGCAGUCGUUCUUCUCCUCUGUGAUAAGGAAUCAGAGGAGAUUUACUACAAAGAACGAAAAAUUGUUCAUGAAGCGUCAGCGAUCCGCGAUUAGAAAUCAUUUAGGUCCCUGCCAGAUAUCGUAUGUUGAUUUGUCAAUUCGAUUUUACAAUAAUUAACAUAAGAAACAAACAAAUUGACAUCAAGAGACGCCUUUUACUUUGAUUAUUUUUUAUCUGCGAUUGAAGAUUUUUAACUCUGAGUUUUCGAUGGAAAUGCAAAAACAAAAUAACAAAUUUAUGUGAAACGAUCAAAAUUUUUGUGUGUGAUUGAAAUUUUUUUUUUGAGGAGAAAUGAAGAAAAAUUUGUGAACAAGUGCUGAAAAGAAUAAUUUAAGACAUCACAAAAAAGAGAAGAAAAAAAAAAGAAAUUUUAGACAAAACAUUUGUGCAACAAUUGAAUCUCGGACUGAGCCUUUUCGAAAUAUUCUCCACACUCAAUCGAAAAUCUUACUUAAUUGCGCGAUAAAAAAUAUCGACAGCGUGGGGCAGGGCCUGUAAAUUUUAAAUAAAUAUGAUAACAAAAAUCAAUUCAAUAAGGAGAAAAAGAAAAAUAUUUUACAUAGAAAAAAUAAAUCAAAAUUUACUUUAUCUUUUAAAAAAGUAUAAAUUAACAAUUUCAAGUGAAUGAGCGACGCAGUGAAGUGAAAUGAUCAAAUAGAUUAUUAAAGAAAUCGAUUGUAUCGAUUCAGAGAAGAAUUCCAAGGAGGAUUAAUGAUCUGAUGAUCAGGUGAUAUUUGAGAUAGGGGCCGUUCACUUAUUACGUUCGCA